CCUGCAUUUUGGUUAUCGGCACGGUCGCACCACGCGGAGAAGUCUUUUCAAAAGUUUUGAAUCAAAAACAAAACAUUAACGAAAUGGUAUCCCAGGAGCAAAUCCAAGCCAUCGGCGGGGUCCUGAACAACAAGGAUCGUCCUCUGAAGGAGCGAUUCCGCGCCUUGUUUACGCUGAAGAACAUCGGCGGUGGAACGGCUAUCGAGGCGAUCAGCAAAGCCUUCGACGAUGAUUCAGCGCUGCUCAAACACGAGCUGGCGUACUGUCUGGGCCAGAUGCAAGACGCCCAGGCGCUGGACAUACUCAGCAAGGUGCUAAGGGACACAACUCAGGAGCCAAUGGUGCGGCACGAGGCGGCGGAGGCCAUGGGAGCCAUCGGUCACCCCGAUGUGCUGCCCAUUUUGGAGGAGUACAAGCUAGACCCGGUGGUGGAGGUGGCCGAGACGUGCGCCAUAGCUCUGGACCGGGUGCGCUGGCUACAGAGCGGCCAGAAGGUGGACGACAACAAUCCCUACGCCUCGGUGGAUCCAUCACCGCCGGCAGCAGGAGCUAAGAGCGUGGCGGAACUCAAGACCAUAUAUCUGGACGCCAAACAGAGCCUGUUCGAUCGUUAUAGAGCCAUGUUCAGCCUUCGCAACCUGCGCACCGAGGAGAGUGUCCUGGCCAUUGCCGAGGGACUCAAGGACUCGUCCGCCCUAUUCCGUCACGAGGUGGCCUUUGUUUUGGGACAACUCCAAGAACCCUGCAGCAUUCCGUACCUGCAGGAGAACCUCGAGGACCGUCAGGAGAACGAGAUGGUGCGCCACGAGUGUGCCGAGGCCCUGGGGGCCAUUGCCACCGAGGACUGCAUUCAGAUCCUGAAUCGUUAUGCGGAGGACGACAAGCGCGUGGUUAAGGAGAGCUGCGUCAUUGCCUUGGACAUGUGCGAGUAUGAGAACAGCCCGGAGUUCCAGUACGCCGACGGCCUGACGAAGCUGGACGGCACCAAGUAGCGUGAAUUGUGUAUUAUUUGCAUCUUCUGACUGUAUAUACUAUUUGUUAAUUUGUAUUGUUUAUCUCUCGCAGAGAUUGCCCGGAUUUAAUCUUAUCAGAAUUAUAAAACGAAAUUGAAACGUGA